AUGUCAGCGCUGUUCGACUAUGUUUGGAAGCCAAAGACAGUGGAAGACAGCAUCGAUGCUGGUGUUCAUCCAGCGGUUGCCAAGCUUCGAAUGCAAGAGGCCGGCAAGCAACGGACAGUAAACGAUGCAAUAGUUGGGAAGAGAUGGCACGGCCAGUCUCGAAAUGCUCCUGAAGUCGACGUCAACAAGAUGAGCACGAUGGACCCCACCUUUGACCCUUCGCAGUUCUUCAAGCAGUCCAAGAAGUUGGGAGUGCACCCGCUGGAUUUCAUGGAAAAGAAAGUCAUGCAACCGUCAAUUCCUGGGGCUGGAAGCAGCAAGGACAAAAAGAAGGACAAGAAGAAGGAGAAGAGCAAAGAUAAGAAAAAGAAGAAGGACAAGAAAAAGAAGAAGAAAAAGAAGAAGAAGUCGUCCUCUUCAUCUUCAUCCUCAGGCUCCUCUUCCGGAUCCUCGAACAAGAAGAGGAAGGCCGAGGAGGAGCUCCAGCAAUACCAGAUGCGAAUUGCAGAGGCCAGGCAGAAGCAGGCGGCUCUGGCAGAGUUGGAACAGAUGAAGGCCCAGAGGAAGGCAGAAAAGGAGGCCGCUGCCAGGGCCUCGCAGCAACGCAUGGUCCCGAUGAGGCCUGAGGAAGGCCACGCCAUGGCCAGGCAACUGGAAAGACAGUACUUCUCGCAGUUCAAGGUGCUUGGCGGCAAGCAGAUGCCAGUAGUGGCGGACGACAUCGUUUUCUGGCACGUUCCUGGAUCCAAGGGGAAGCCAUACAACCCGAAAGGAUUGGAGGGCAACGUGGUGUCGGUUAUUGAGGAUGUGCACUUGACAGCAAAUCGACCAAUCCGGGUCAAGCUUUCCAAGGCACCCGAAAUGAAGGAAGGUUUUAAGGCUUUUGCAGCACAUUUCUCGCUCGACGAGAUUACUGUGUUGGAGGAAGCAGCACAGAGCCAGGUAAACGUGCUGAACAAUUCACUUACUAUCGCCACGACGCCCACCGCAGUUGCAUCUACCGGGGAAUCUUCGAUGAGCUUCUAUGGCAAAGGCAAAGGUGGUGAUGGAUCGUGGAAGGGUGGCCCUGACUGGGCUUGGAAGGGUGCUGCUUCCUGGAAGGGCAGCUGGAAAGGUGCCUGGAAGGGCGACUGGAAAGGCGACUGGAAGGGCGACUGGAAGGGCGACUGGAAAGGAAACUGGAAGGGCGACUGGAAGGGCCCUGCUUCUUCAAGUGAGCGCUGCUCCAUUCAUGGCAUUCAGCGCGACUUUCUCUUCCUAGAGGACGAUGGCGAAGGCGGCAAGCGUUGCCUCACAGACUCUCCAUGUCCCACUGGGACGACGGCUCCACUAUCGCUGUCGGAGCGUGUCGCUGCAGCAGCAAAAGCAGCUGCAAUCAAGGAGCAGGAGGAGGCUGACAACUGGGCCGAAACCCAGAACGCCGGAGCAUUUGGAGGUGGAAAAGGCAAAGACGGAAAAGGCCAAGGAGGCUAUGACUACGUGGUGCCGAGGCCUCCUCCGCCUGUGACUCCUACAGAUGCCCUCCGGGAGAAGCUCUGGUCAGGAGGCUGUGGGUCGAGCAGUGGCCUGGGGUUGAAGACGUUGUCGAAGCCUCCGGCACAGGAUCCACAGAUCAUGGACUUUCCGCCCCCUCCCGCACCUGUCUGGCCAACCGGGCCAUCUCCGACUCCAGCUCCGACUGCCUAUGCUGCGCCGCCAGCCUCUGCAUACACGGCUCCGCCAGCGAACUGGUAUAGUGGCUGGAACCCGGCGGCAGCUGCGGCGUGGGGUUGGCCUGGCUACGGCAUGCCAGCUCCCGGCGGACCGAAGUCCUCCAGUUCAUCUUCCUCCAGCUCUUCAUCCUCGGACUCCGAGGACCGAAGUGCAAACAAAGACAAAGAGGUCAAGAAAGAUGAAAGGAAGGUGGGCAGAGUAGCGGCCAAGAGCAAGGCAGAAACCCGAAAAGCUGCCGCAGAAGCAGUUGCUGCCAAGCUUGAAGAGGCUGACAAGGCCGCGAAAGCGUCAAGCGGGCAGGUCAAUGGUGACCAGGUGGCUGCAGACGAGGCCAACGGUCCCUCAAAGACCGAAGAGAAGAAAUCGAAGAAAGAGAAGACCAAGAAAAGCAAAGGGACUGCUGAAGAGAAAGCCGGGAAAAAGGAUAAAGAGAAAGGAAAAGACGAAGACAGGAGCAGGUCAAGAAAAAAGGGCGACUCCCAGCGCGACAAGAGCAAGUCACGAAAGGAAGUGACUUCCCAAGAAGCUGGGGCAGAGGCAGCGCAGGGUUCGAAGCCGUCCUGUCCUUCCAGUGUUGGAGAGGUGAUGCCGCUGGUGCUCAGUGCUGGUAGGGUGCCGCUUCUGCGGGUCAUGCUGGAUAGGAAGCAAACGGCGGAGGACAGGCAAGCGGAGAACAGGUCUGAAGAACACGGCUUCAGCUCUUGUGCAAUUGAGACGGUGAAUGAUGCCCAAGAGGACACUGCACAGACUCCACAGAGCUGGGACCUCUGCACAGAUGGAGAUCAUUGCGCUUCUUCCUGGCAGCCAGGUGAGGUACAGCCCCUGACGCUGCAGCAUCUCAAGGAUGACCGCUGGGUGAUCAACUUGCUCUAUGAUGGUGACUGCCCAUCUUGCAUGAAGCAGGUGGAAUUCUUGCAAAAGCGCAUGGACGAGAACCCCGAGUACGAAGGCCUUGUCGCACUGACGAACCUGCAUGCCCCAGAUUACGAUCCUGAGCUUUGUGGCGGCGUCGUUUUCGAGGAUGGCAUGCGACAUAUUCAUGCCGUGACACGGGACGGAGAGGUGAUCGCAGGUAUGGAUGUCUUCCGCAGAAUCUACAGCAUAGUCGGCAUGCAGUGGGUCGGGCACUUUGCUUUGGGGAAGCAGGCCAUCAUGGCCGAAGACAACAGCGAUGAUCUCUCCCUCAUGCAGGAUUUGACGUCCAUACCCCUCAGAAACCCGGUGGUAGAUGAUGAGGAUGAGGAUGCACCGUCGCGAGUGAGGCUCGCUGCAGAGCGAAACAGCUCUGGCGGAAGCAGAUCGAUGAAGCCUCCGACGCUUGACAGGAAAGAGCCAGCUAGAAAGCCACUCUCCAGACCAGCUUUUCAGAAUUAUGACUACAACGACGACUAUCCGCCAGAUGAGCCCUUCAGGUGGUCUGAUGCAUGGGGGCUGAUCUGUGGCUUGAUCCUGCUUGUUUUCAUCGUUUGUGUCCUGACCUGGGCCUACUUGGAGGAUCUUCGCGAAGCUCGCGAGCUCGAGGAGGCUCCACACGACGGCUUUGCGAUGCUUUGCAACGCUUUACACACCGCGUCCGCUGUCGUCACGGUCACCGUGGCCAAAUCGUUUCGCUGCCCUGCAAGGCGCGGGCAAGGGGCGUGGAGCUCUGACGCCGUUUCACACAGUCGCACGGGUUUGUCAUUUCAGGCCAGAAUGCCCUUAAACUUUCUCGCGUGCGUAAAGGCUGCGUUGUGA